GUCUAUGGCCUUACACUUUGGCAAUCAUCCAAAUUAGAUCUCGCGACAAGAAAAUUUCAAUCGGUUUCUCGGCUACCAAACACUCCUUGUAAUUUGUUUUCACCUUUUAGGCAAUUUCAGUUCCCUUUACUUCUUUGCGAUAUUCGUUCUAUCUAGGGAUUGAUUUGGUAUCCCAAGAAAUCUGUGAGAUCGGAAAUUAGGGUUAAAAAAUGGGAUUUUUGGUGACGACUUUAAUUUUUGUUGUGAUCGGAAUAAUUGCGUCGAUUUGUACCAGAAUCUGCUUCAAUAGAGGCCCCUCCACUAAUUUGUUCCAUUUGACAUUGGUGAUAACAGCAGUAGUAUGCUGUUGGAUGAUGUGGGCUAUUGUAUAUAUGGCACAGAUGAAACCGCUCAUUGUUCCAAUCUUAAACGAAAGCGAAUGAAGAUGGUACUUGAAAAGCAUAAGUGGACUUUAUUGAUAAAACCAACAAAUGUAUCUUAUGCAUCACUCAGCAUGGAAUAUUUGGUUUAAGAGUAAUGAAUCAUUCAGUAUCUCGUUUCGGGUCCGUGUGUAAUAUUUAUCCGUGUCAACGUUGAAUUGGUUUAUUUUUUGUCACCUUUACUUGGGUUUAUUGACCUCCCAUUCAAUUUGAAUACAUUGAACUGUUAUUUUAUCACAGCUGAGAGUACAAAUAUGUAAUCUGAAUGAAAUAAAAGUUAGAAGUGAGUACAUUUGGUUUUUGAAGAA